AUGCCUCCAACAAACACGAAGAAGCGUUCAGCACCAGGCUCCUCACCAGCCAUGCAAGCCGCCCAGAUGCCGCAGUCCUACACUGCACCUACCCACCAAGUCUCGAAUCAGGAAUACGCUCGUUACAAUCAAAAUACAGACAAUCAGGUCUUUCAGGAUCCUUCGACUUAUAAUUUGAAUGCUUAUGGGGGGAAUGUUAUCCAGCAGGGACAGUUUGAUCUAUCAACUCCGCAGCCGAAUCAACUCCCGUCGACACAACUCGCGCGCAGACCACAUAACAGACAACUUGUCCCAACAGCGCAACCAUACGACAGUACUGUUGAUAGAUGGUUAGGGGAUGAAUUAAUGCAGGAUCCUCAGCCAGGGAACGGGAUGGAGGAGUCGGACAAUAUUGAGUUGUUGGAGGAAAAGGCUGCGGUAGCAAAGAGAGACGCACAGUCGAAGCGCAAGCAGAUUCCGCCGUUCGUUCAAAAGUUAAGCAGCUUCCUCGAUGGUGCAAAAAAUACUGAGUUAAUACGAUGGUCUGAUCGGGGAGAUUCCUUUGUGGUCCUUGACGAAGACGAGUUUGCUAAAACCUUGAUUCCCGAACUUUUCAAACACAACAACUACGCCUCGUUUGUUCGACAAUUAAACAUGUAUGGGUUCCAUAAGAGAGUUGGGCUGUCGGACAAUUCGAUGAAGGCAAGUGAGAGGAAGAACAAGAGUCCGAGCGAAUACUACAAUCCCUAUUUUAAGCGUGGCCAUCCAAAUUUGCUAUGGCUUAUCAACAAGCCAAAGGGCGGAGGCAAGGCAAAACCCCAGGGUAGUGGGCCGGGACCUGGACCUGUGCCUAUUCGCGGGAUUGUGAAAAAUGACCCGGAUGUUGAUAGUGAUGAAGAUGGACAAAAUGGGAUCGAAGAGAUAUAUCGAGAACAUAUACCUGGAACAUCUCGUGCUAUAUCUCAGGCACCCGAAGGUGGCCAGUUACAGAAACGAGAAUUGGCUGUGGUACAGCAUCAGCUGGCGGAGAUACAAAAGCAACAAGGACAGAUCACGAAUGCGUUAUCACGAAUACGAAAGGACCAUACUCAACUCUUUCAGCAGUCACUAAAUUUCCAAAACCUCCAUGAUCGACAUGAGAAUUCCAUCAAUGCUAUUCUUACUUUCCUGGCAACUGUGUAUAACAGAAGUUUGGAUGGAAAUAAUCCACAGAACUUUGCUCAGAUGUUUGCAAACGGUAUUCCUCACGACCAGCAUACCCAGGGAAAUGUUGUUGAAAUCCGGGAGCCAACAAACCAAACACAAAAUCCAGCGAAUGUUAGCCCUCAGAGACGGCAGCAACGGCUGCUCAUGGCUCCACCUGCAAAUGGUAAUCGGGCGGAGACUCUUUCACCAACAUCCACCCCACGAGCUCAGAACUUUCCACCCAAAACAGCGGCUGUGGAAGAACUUUUCGAUAGCCCAGCUGACUCGCCUGAUAUUAAAACCGAGCAAGAUCCACAACCACAACAGCAACCUGAUAUCAUGAUGAAUAUCAUCAACAAUACCAAUGCGCAGAAUGGUCCAAACAUCAACGCCAUGGAAUUUCCAGAAAUGCUCCAACACUAUGAGAACGCAAAUGGACAAUCACCCUUAACACCGGAUCAACGAAACACCAUGCUCAAUCUGAUAGCCAACAGCUCAUCCGCACCCGGAACGAAUAACGCUCUAGUCAGCCCCUCACCCCCCGAACCACCAAGUCUUAGCGGCCUCGAAUACACCCAAGCAGAUAUAGAACGUCUCCUCCAAGCACAUACCGCGACCGGCGAACAAAUCAACAACGUCGAGAACUUCAUAAAACAACCUCUUGACAACUCAAUCCCCAUCCUCGACGACACAACCCAAUACUUUGAUAACCUCGACUCGAACGGGAAUCUCGACAUGGAUCAAUUCCUCGACGACGGCGCGUUCUACGGCGACACGAGUCCGACCGGUAAUGCGAACUUUGAUUACGCGUCGUAUGGGAAUGGAAAUAUGGGAGAGGAUUUUGAUUUGGGUAUGGAUGGUACUGAUGGGAAUGCGAGGAUUGUGGAGGCGGAGAGUGAGGCUGUUACGCCUGAUGAUGGGGGCGAUGGGGGGAGGAGUAGUCCUAGUAAGAAGAGGAGGAGGAAGUAG